AUGUCUGGGAUCAUGAACGAUGAUAUCCUGGACAGCGUCCUCGAUCUCGAAGAGACCUCCUACCAAGCAGGGUUCGACGAAGGAAAAGCCGACGGGCUGGAAGCUGGAUAUACAGAGGGGAGAAUAUUUGGCAUUGAAAGAGGCUACCAUAAAGCUCUUGAAAUGGGCAAACUCCACGGAAGAGCUCUAAUGCUGAAUGCUUGCCUGUUCGAUCCGAAUCCGAUGCCAGAUAAUGGUCUGGAUCCAUCACCCUUCGAAGCAGCCGUAGUGACUACCCAGGACUCGAAACCAGGCAAUGAUAACAACGCUCCAGACCCUUCCAAUCUCCCAACCCUGCCAGAGAAUUCCCGGCUCAAGAAGCACGUCGAGACUUUGCUGAAGCUGACGGAUCCGCAGACCCUGUCAGAAGAGAACACUGACGAGGCUGUCGAGGCGUUUGACGACAGGAUGAAGAAAGCGGUCGCCAAAGCUAAGAUCAUUGAUAGAAUGAUUGCCGAGCCGUACAACAUGUCGGUCUCAGGGGAUCCUAUCGAGAACGAGUCUCAGCCCACUUCUGGGUCGGGCAACAUUGAAGAACUGAAUAAUGCUGCUGUCCGUCAUUAG